CUGAGCACUCGUAUCAAACUCAGCCCUACCCAACUUGCGCAAGAGGUGUCUUACCUUGGCACUUAUUGUGGCUUCUUAAUUUUCGUCACAGCGACAACGUUCACGUGAACAGCUCAGAAUGAAGGCCUCAGCCGUGGUCGUUUUCGUCGUCUGUCAUCUGGCAGGGAGCUCGGCACUCCUCGCAAGCUUUUGCAGCCUGCCUAAGGAGUCGGGCCCCUGCGACAACUACAAACAGGCGUUUUACUUCAACACCGAUAAGCAGAAAUGUGAAGGUUUUCCGUACGGCGGCUGCGGGGGGAACUCCAACAGGUUCAACACCUGGGGAGAGUGUAUGGAGAGAUGUGGGAUUCCUGCUCGGGAGCUUGCUGAAGCGACUGAUACGCAUGCGCAUCUGGGUCACGUGUGUCACGAGGUGUUCUGUAUGGAGGGGUGCCCGGGCGAUCUGUACGCCUCGGACGAGAACGGCUGUCAGACAUGCGGCUGUGCCUGCCCACAACUCAAGUGUCUGCCCUGCCCCAAUGACAUGUACAUGAAGGACCAGUACGGUUGUGACACCUGCCAGUGUGAGUGCAAUGAGCUGAACUGUAACGACGCCUGUCCCGGUGGGGUGUAUGCCAAGAACGAGUUCGGCUGUGACCUCUGUCAGUGUGAGAGCCCCUGCCCCCUCAGGGAGUGUCCCAAGUGCCCAGCCGGGUAUACCAGAGAGACACUGACGGACGGAGAGGGCUGUGAGUACUGCACGACAAACUGCCUGCCGGUGUUGGACUGCCCUGUCCUCGACUGCCCCGGACCGUGUCAGGAGGGAGAACACAGCAUCGACGCUUCCGGGUGCCCUACCUGUGACUGUGUGGUCGUCAUGCACGAGUCGGCUAACGCACCGGAGCAUUACGUCGGAUAGAGCUGCGCUGAGAACAAUGAUGUUCUUCUGACACAACCGAAAUAAAGUCUAAGUUCAUACACCCCUUUGCUCCGAAACUCUUAUGUUCCGACACCCUAUAACAAUCACCCCUAUGUAUCACACUUCCUAACUAAACCUUAUUAAAUUAAACUCCAACAUACAUAUGGCUAUCGGAACAUAGGGAUGUCAGAAAAAAGGCGGUGUCAGAAUACAGGACUGUUCCCAAAUGCGCUCUUAUGACAAAUAAAUGAAAAAAAUGACCUUCUCCGUUCAUGCCCUUAUACCCCCCUCACAUUAUUAGGCGCGAUUCGAUCGG